AAUGCGCGGUCCCGCUGCAGUCCGGCGCAGAAGAGGUGCAGCAGCCCGGAGUCUGACCCGCAGGAGAGAUGCGUCUGAUUGCGCAGCAAAGUGCGGCUCUGCUCUGAGGAGCGCAGUUUGCUUUUCACUGCAUCAACAUCCAGCAUUAGUUUCUGACCUGAGCAACUUGAAUUAAAGGGUGAAGAAGUUCAGCUGUUAGAGCAGUUUGGCUUCUCGCCAAAGACCACUGUGCUGCGUCACUUCACAGACACUCGGGAAGGAUGAAUUAAAACAGAAGAUUAUAGCGGGACGUUGGUCGGCUGUUUUUGGGCGCUUUUACAAAAGGAGCAGUGAUGUAUGCAGGACGCAAGAGGAGAAAACCCAUCCAGAGAGCGGUGAAACCGCCUGCUGCUGAGGGGACCAAGUCAAAUCCAUCCAAACGUCACAGAGAUCGGCUGAAUGGCGAAUUGGAGCGACUAGCCAGCCUGUUGCCAUUUCCUGAGGAGGUUACUGCUAGUCUCGACAAACUGUCCAUCCUUCGCCUGAGUGUCAGCUACCUACGAGCCAAGAACUUCUUCUCUGUCGCCCUGACCAAUCAGAAUGGAACCACUGCAGCCAGAAGGAAGACUGAAGAUAAUGAAACCGGAGCUGCAGAAAAGCAGAUUCCAGAAGGAGAGCUCCUGCUGCAGGCGCUUAAUGGGUUUGUUGUAGUCAUCACUGCUGAUGGGACCAUUUUCUACUCCUCUCACACCAUCCAGGACUACUUAGGCUUCCAUCAGACUGAUGUCAUGCACCAGAGCGUCUAUGAACUGGUCCACACAGAGGAUAAGCAAGAACUUAGAAGGAACCUGCACUGGGCGUUGAAUCCUCCUCAGGCUGCAGCUUCGGCCAUGUCCCAGGACUCCCCUCAAGAGAUGGAGCCGGACGGCGGCUCUUCUUUGGUCACCUACGACCCUGAGCAGCUUCCUCCAGAAAAUUCCUCCUUCCUGGAGAGGAAUUUUGUGUGUCGUUUCCGCUGCCUCUUAGAUAACUCCUCCGGUUUCCUGGCUCUGAACAUCCAGGGCAGGCUAAAGUUUCUGCAUGGACAGAACCAACGGCAAGAAAACGGAGGGAAGGCCAUGCCCCAGCUGGCCCUGUUUGCGAUUGCAACUCCCCUGCAGCCUCCGUCCAUCCUGGAGAUCAGAACCAAAAAUAUGAUUUUCAGGACCAAACACAAGCUGGAUUUUACACCCCUGGCCUGUGAUGCCAAAGGGAAGAUUGUUCUGGGGUACACUGAAGCUGAGCUCAGAGUUCGAGGAUCGGGCUAUCAGUUCAUUCACGCAGCUGAUAUGUUGUACUGUGCAGAGAACCAUGUUAGAAUGAUAAAGACAGGAGAGAGUGGACUGACGGUAUUCAGGCUCCUCACCAAAGAGAAUCGCUGGAAGUGGGUCCAGGCCAACGCCCGGCUGGUCUACAAGAAUGGCAAACCAGACUACAUCAUUGCCACACAAAGACCACUUUUAGAUGAAGAGGGAGGAGAACACCUGCGUAAGCGCUCCAUGCAUCUGCCCUUUACCUUUGCCACGGGUGAGGCCUUACUCUACCAGUCCAACCACCCUAUCGCAGGCUUCGUCGAUGCAAGUCAGGAAAAAAACAUGAAUAAAACCAAGAAGAGCCGCACCGACAGACUGGUAAAGGAUGGCUUGAAUCCCAGCUCCCUUCUUGGGGCUCUCAUGAGUCAAGACACAUCUGUAUAUGUUUGCCAACCAGCUCUUGAGCCCAAAACAUCCUUUCACAGCAGCCUCUUUGGAGAGCAGAUAGACUUCUCUCUCCCUGAACCUUCUGGGCAAAUUAAGAUGUGGGAUGAGCCUGGUAAUUGUGUUUUGGGCCCAGACGUUUCGGAACCCAGCACCAGCUUUGACCCACUGCUAGCUACUCUAGAUUCCCUUACUCUGGAAGGCCAGGGUGUGGUGGAUGCAGAGGAAGAGGGCUGUUCAAACACUGAGCUGUUUGGAGCUCUGGAAGGGCUGGGGCUUAGCGCUGAGGACCUGGAGCUGCUGCUGCUAGAUGAGCGAAUGAUCAGAGUGGAGAUGGAUUCUGAGCGGGUGCCUACUUUAGAUGACCUCCUUACAAAUGACGAAAUCCUCUCAUACAUCCACAGCUGUAUUGAGGGAAAGGCAGUCUCCACCGAGCACAGGGGACUGCCACUUCCUAGUACAACGGUGACCCCUACAGCAGCAUCAGAAAGUGAUGGCAGAUCUGAUACAGAUUUUUCUCACUGUAAGCCUCAUGUGGUGGGGCAAGCUCCUAUUGUGCAGCUGUCACAACAGAUGCAGCAGCACCUCAGUACACGAACAAGUAAACUUGCCUGUGACUGGAGCCGGCAUAACAACCACUUGACUAAUGGAGAAGUUCUCGGGCAUAAUUCAUCCGUUCAGAAUGGACACUGGACAGCUCAAGAUAUUCUCGUCAGCGCAGAAAUCCAUCUUCAACAAGUUAACACACAGAAGAUGUUUUUUAGCAACAAGGCCACAGAACUUGAUGGUCAGUUUCAGCAGCAGAUGUACCAACAGUUCCAACAACAGCCUAUAAUGCAGAAGCAGCUCUCUGAGCAGUGUCCUGUUCCACAGAGGACAACCGCUCUCAAUGGAAUGUGUGAUGUCUUCUGCUCCAACGGACCUGCUGAAAAAUCCCAGUGGCAGGAUUUUUCUUUCACUGAACAUCUUGCUAGCAGCCCCUGUCCUGACAGAAGUCAGAAACUUCAGACAAACACUCCUUUAGACUUGUGCACCGACUACAGAAUGCCAGGAAUCCACGGUGGGAGUGAGUUUUCAGUUUCGUCCGUCCGGCAGCAUCAACAGGAAGAGAUCGCUGUGCCCUUCGCUCAGGUUUUCUCAGACUUGUCUCACUGCCCUCUCCCUAACGCCCCCCUGGAGCAGAUUCUUGGAGUUGGAAAGCCCUGCCAGAAGCUGGACCAUAAUGAAGUUGUGAGCUCCGAGAUCAGUCAUGACCCCAGUAACUGCAAGAUGAAGAAAGGCUGCAUCCUGAGAAGCUCCUAUCCAGGAGGGUGUGUCCUGCCCAAUGGGAAUGGAGCAGCGCCCCCUGCUGUCAAGGUGGCCAAUUCUGAGACCCUUCCUCUAGUCCCAGACACACAAGCCACCGGCUUCUACCUCUGACCAAGUGAUGAUGAUGUAGCAGGACACUGUGAAGAAGCAGAAAUGACUGGAGCAGCCUUAUGCACAGAGACAACACUGGGUUUAUUUCUGUUCUUCUCUUUGUUUUCUGGGGGGAGGGGCCUUUGUGUUUUUAUUUAACUAUUAUUAUCACAGGUUUGUUGUUUACAUUAAUGCAGUGAGGAGUGUGUGCUAUGUUGAUGAGUUAGACGACUUAGGUUAAGGUGAGGUCUUGCAUGAUUGACAGGUGGAAGCUGAAUAUGAACGGCAAUCAAGUUCAAACAGGGAAAAGCGUUAUUGACCAUUUUAUUUACAGCUGAUUGUUCAGCUUCUACAUGAUUUACUCCACAGACGGCAUUAUGUGUGCAGUUUUCACCUGACAAGGCACAACACUGAGAUUCAGACGACUCAGGAGAUGAUGGUCAAAGAGCAAGAAUGUAUGAUAGAGAGACAUCUAGUUAGACAGAUUUCUAAGCAAAACCACUUUAAUAAGCUUCAGCAAUCCCUAAACAGUAUU